CUUGUUAAAUUCUACACAGGAAGAACAAGAAGCAAGGAACUUGCAAACUUAAUAUUUUUGACAGAAACUGAGGCAAAGCAAGUAAUUGUGUUGCCCUACAAUUGGUGUUCACGGACACCAGGGCAUAGAGGUUACCGGCCUGCUGACACCAUAGAGAAAGAAAAGGCUGACACUGGCCAUUUCAAAAAGAGAACUGUGCAGAUAAGAAGUUGGGAUGAGAUAUUUAAAUAAAAUACAAGUGCGACUAUUCAGAUCGGUUUUAAAUCUACCAAUAAUGAUGAAGGGUUUCCCAAAAUGUAUCAGUAGUGAUGCCAAACAGAUCUUUGAGGCAGCAGUAGCUGCUGUUCUUCCACACCAGAUGAUCAGUAGGUCCUUAGUGGUGGAUGGCAGCAGAUUAUUAGUGGAUGGAUGCAGUUACACUCUGGAUCGUAAUGUCCAUAUGGUUGGCUUUGGCAAGGCUGUUAUUGGAAUGGCAAGGAGUGUUGAGGAUAUGCUUGGACAACACCUUGUCAAGAGUGUUAUCAGUGUGCCAUUUGGUAUCCAGGAUUCCUUAAGAAGCUCUGGUCAACUUGACCUCUUAUUGAAACAGGGUAGCAAGGUGAAAGUGCUGGAGGGCGCUGUUGAUAAUCUGCCUGAUGAAUCUGCUGUGCAGGCUGCUGAUGAGAUAGCUGCAGUGGUGGAAGGUGUAGGAGAAGAUGAUGUACUAAUUGUAUUGGUAUCAGGAGGAGGCUCUGCCUUGCUGCCAUCACCAUUGCCAUCUGUCAGCUUAGAGGAUAAGCUUCAAGCAACCACAACCCUGGCAAGGAAAGGUGCUACUAUACAAGAGCUGAAUACAGUUAGGAAAAAAUUGUCCAAGCUAAAAGGUGGUGGACUUGCACAGCUUGCAAAACCAGCUAAGGUUAUAACUCUUAUUCUGUCUGAUAUAAUUGGUGACCCUUUGGAUUUGAUAGCCAGUGGCCCAACAGUUCAGGAUACAUCCAGUCCAGAUGAUGCCCUUGCCAUUAUCUCAAGACUUGGCGUAGAGUCUUUGAUGCCACAUUCCGUCUUGGAGACUUUGAAAAGUCCUGCCACAAAGCGUCAGUUGGAAGAGGACUUCUCGCACGUACAGAAUGUGGUAGUUGGAAGUAACAAAAUGGCAUUGCAGAAAGGUUGUGAGAAAGCUAAAGAGGUCGGAUAUCAACCAUUAAUUAUGUCUUCCAAAAUCCAUGGAGAGGCAAGAGGAUUAGCAGAACUGUAUGCUAACCUCUCCAUGUUAAUUAAAUUACUUAUAGAACACAGAGGAUUCUCAGCAUCUUGUGACAUGAGGAAGUUAGAGAUUGAGAAUAUUGUGAGAUUGAUGUCUGAAUUUGGUGUUUGUGAAACAUUCAGUAACCAACUUCAAGAAUAUCUCAGAGUGUCUCCUCAUAAACCACUUUGUUUAAUAGCUGGAGGGGAAACGACAGUAACUUUAAGUGGAAAUGGGAAAGGUGGUAGGAACCAAGAGCUAGCUCUUGCCACAGCCAUCCAUUGGCACAAGAUUUUUCAGCCCACAGGAAUGGCAGAUGUUGAUGAAAACAAAGUUUGCCAGAUGAUCUUACUGAGUGCAGGAACUGAUGGGCAGGAUGGUCCUACGGAUGCAACUGGAGCGAUGUCACAUCCGCUACAAGUUAGUCAAGCCAUUCAAGAGAACUUAAAUCAUGUAGAGUUCCUUGAUAAUAACGAUUCUUAUACAUUCUAUUCUGUUUUUGACAAUGGACUGUAUUUAAUUAAGACCGGACUAACUGGAACAAAUGUUAUGGACUUGCAUAUUCUCUUGAUAAAACCAGUUUGAUUUUAAAUCAUUUACAUAUACUUAUGCAGAGAGAAGUGAAAUUAAAAGUGAUUAUUCAUUUGUACAUGUUCAUGUUACCUGCGGUUAUGGACCAUUGGGUCCUUUGCAGGAUGUACAAACGAAAACGUAAAAUAAUAAAUUUAACUAAUAAUUUAAAAAAAAAAGUGAAACAUUACAAAAAUUGGAAUGCAAUGUAAAAAUGUAUUUCUUCAUCAUUCUGUAACUGUUAAACAGAAGUAAUUUCAAAUGUAAUAUUUUCUUCUGCCCAAAUAGCUAGAAUUUUUUAACAAAAUAUGUGUUCUAAUUGAUAAAUGUACAUAUGGUGAAUACUUAUGCAGAGAGAAGUGGAUGAUAUUCUAAAUAAAAGCAGUUAUUCAUAACUGAUUGGGUAUAUUUUUUUUAAUGAAACAUUACAAAAACUCGAAUGCAAUUUAAAAAUUUUUAAAUAAAUUUUUAAUAAAUUUCAUCAUUCCAAAUAAAAUGGAAUAUUAUCUUAUUCCCCAUUAGCUUUCAAGUUAAAAAGAACAUUUACUUCUCAAUAAUAAUAAAACAAAUAUAACAAAUAACGAGACAAGUUUGAAGAAUAGUAAAUGAAAACAAUAAGUGUUCCAAUUGAUUGAUUGAUGUACUGUAGUAGUAUUUAAGCAAUUCAAUAUGUUUGUGUGCUAUUAGUACAAAUCAAGGUAAACUUAUGUACAUACAUAAAGUAAAUUGAAAUCACUGAUCUCUAUUAUAAUCGCUGGAUUGCUCAUCAGCCAGUCAUUGUACAGAAAAAAAAAUGAAGCGACUGGCGCCAUGUUGGGGAGCCCAAGUGACGUAUACUGUAAGUUUAGAAAAAAUUUGGUUUGGCAUUUGUUUAAAAUGAUGAUUCUUGAAAUAAUUUUUUAUAAUAAAUUUAAAUUUAACAUAAAAUGUUUUCGAAUGAUUUAACCACUCAACGCACCUGUUUAUGCAGUUUAACAAAAGCGCGAUGACGUCGCGUUGUUGGUGAAUGCCACACCGGUUCAAAAGUUUCACGCUGUGAUGACGUAUCUGUGACGUUUUAGGUUCCCAGACACGGCAUCAUGGCUUUACUGAAACCAGUCCAUGAGCAAUUAUAGUAGAGAUCAGUGAUUGACAUGUAUCUUUGUUUUGAAAUGUCCUAACAGGCAGAACUUUACAUUGGUUUAUCUCAUAAACGAUUAACAAUUCCGUACCUGCAAGGUGACAAGAUGAUCAGUAAUGUCCCAAAAUGUUUCAGUGCUUGAUACUACCAUCUCAAUGUUGUAUUCUUAUACAUUACUAAAAUUAAAACAGCCCAACACCACAAAGUCAAAGUUCUCUAUUUACCCAUGCCAACCAAACAGUAUUUACUUGAUUUUGAUUUUGGCACUUUCAGCAACAUUGUACAAUAAUAUUGAUGUCCCCAACCAUAAAUAAUUGGCACAUAUAUUGCAGAAUGGAAACUCUGUUGCCUCAUUACUGUACUUGCGU